UUACCUGAUGCCCUUUCGCUCCCCCCCCCAUCCAUCAUGGCGGCGUCUGUAAUUUAGGGCAGCUGGGAGCGCAGCGCGCACGCACAGGUUGGAGGCAGCGCCGCGCGUCCGCUGCCGCCGCCUCGCGAGACUCAGUCUUCCUCUCUUAGCCAGAAGAAAAACUACGUGCACCAUUAACCCUGUGGAACAUUGCAAGUCGAUCCAAUGGCGUCCUCUACUGCUGUGCCUGUAGGAUUUCACUAUGAAACAAAAUAUGUUGUUCUCAGCUACCUGGGGCUCUUGUCACAGGAGAAGCCACAAGAGCAACAUCCUCCCUCAACUCCAGGGCCCCAGGAGUCUGUAAUACCACAAGCUUUGGAGAAAGAGGUUCUAGAGAAGCUUAAGACAGAAAUCGAGAAGGAGCUAAAACACCUUGAUGAAGAAAUUUCGGAAGCCUUCACCAGCACUGGGUUUGAUUGCCAUACUUCUCCAGUAUUCAGUCCUGCCAAUCCAGAGAGUUCAAUAGAAGAUUGCUUAGCUCAUCUUGGAGAGAAAGUGUCCCAGGAACUGAAAGAACCUCUUCACAAAGCACUACAGAUACUGCUUAGCAAGCCAGUGACUUAUCAGGAAUACCGAGAACGCACUCAGGAGACAGACGCUCAUGCCAGUGGAUGGAGCAAGGUGUUGGUGCCUCUGGUUCUGCUGCAGCAAUUCUUGAUGGAGCUGACAAAAAGAGGCCAGGAGCCACUCGGUGCACUUUUGCAGUUUGGAGUGACGUACUUAGAAGACUAUGCUGCAGACUACAUCAUCCAGCAAGGAGGAUGGGGUACUGUCUUUAGUCUGGAUUCUGAAGAAGAGGAAUACCACGCAGUCAUUGCAGAGGACAGCAAUGACAUCUACAUCCUAACCAGCGAAAACUCUGGACAGGUGAGCCCCCCAGAGUCUCCCACAGUGACUACAUCUUGGCAGUCAGAGAGCCUGCCUGUCUCUUUGUCAGCUAGCCAGAGCUGGCACACGGAGAGCUUGCCGGUAUCUCUUGGACCUGAGUCCUGGCAGCAGGUGGCUAUGGAUCCUGAAGAGGUAAAGAGCUUAGACAGCAAUGGAGGUGGUGAAGAAAGGAGCGAAAAUAACUCUUCCAACUCUGACAUUGUUCAUGUGGAGAAGGAGGAGAUACCGGAGGGGAUAGAGGAAGUGGCAGUGUCAUCAGUGGCUCUGGAGACUGAGACUGCACAGGAGGUGUUCCUGGAAUCUCCUCCUUUGCUGGAGCUGAAGUCUGAAGCUGGGAUUGUGGCUCUUGAAAAAGCGAGCCCCUCUGCACCUUUGCUUACAGAACAUGAGGAAGAGGGAGAGGUGGCUGAGGAGCCUGUUGAACCAGAAAUCCCUUUGUUGAGUAAACCUGUACAGAAACCAACCCCAUCAGACGAAAAGGCUGCACCAGAACCUGAGAAAAUUCUGCCUCCAGAAGGGGAAAGGAAAGUGGGAAAGGAAAGCCAUUCGGAAGAAAUGGAAGAGAAAUCCCCAGCUGGAGAGGAGAAACCCAUCCUGUUGCCAGAAGGCAAAUCUAUACUGCUGUAUGGUGGGGCUGCUGCAGUAGCUAUUCUGGCUGUGGCCGUGGGAGUGGCGCUGGCGCUGAGAAAGAAGUAAUGGGGCUCUCUUGCUGAGGAGUGGGGAGAAAGUGGGAUCCAAAUUUUUUAGUUGCAUUAACUAAAGGUUCAGCUGCCUGCUGUUAACUGGACAUUUGUAUAACUUAAACGGUGAUGGGGUGAAGUUAUUUGAUAAGGCUGUGGACAAUCAUGUUUUUUAGUAGAAUUGGAGCGGAGACUGUUGGCUUUUUUUUUUUUUUUUUUUCCUGAUUAAAGUACAGGGGUAUUUUAAAAAGGUCAAAUCUGCACAUUUCAGAACCGCGCGCAGGUGCUGAGGAAUGGGGGUGCUUGCACACUGGAAACUGGAACAGAAAAUUUCAGGGGCAGGAGAGGGCUGGUUGCUGCUAACCCCUGGAAUUUUUAGCUUCCCUGAGUGAGCUGCUGUUGCAGCUACCCUGUUUGUCACUUCCCUUUGUGCCCCUUAGACCCUCCUAAAAACAAACCUACAGAAUAAACCAGCCACCUUAAUCCUGUAGCGUGAGGCUGGUCUCCCUUUUGUCUCAGCUUCCUCUCAGGUACUGCACUGCUCUAACCACCUAGGUUCCUUCUAAACCCUAGUGGGAGAGUGCUCAUACUAUACCUCUUUUCUCACGCCUAUUUAGCCCCUGAUGCUUCCUGAUUCCCAUCUUGUAAAGAUGCUGCCUCUAUAUAUAUAU